CCUGUCACGGACAUAGAUUGAUCUGGUCAAAUCCGUGACAGAUUUUUGGCGCCCAACAUGGGGCACGACUGCUUUUUAGCUUUUAGAACGAAUCUUUUUUUCUCUCUGCUCUUAGAGAGCUUCGUUAGGGAGCAUUAUCAGUAGUUCAGGUUUCUGUGCUGGAAAACCUGACCUUGAAAGAUUAGGCGUACUGCCAGUGUUCUGGGAUAUUUGUAAACUUUGAGCACUACUUAGUCUGAGUAGUGCCUUUUUUCCUUUUUUUUUUCCCUCCUCUUGUUAGCUUCAAUUCAUUAACCCUUUUUUAGCAAGUACCAGCGAUGAACCCACUCGUUAUCGUGGGGGUGCUGGGUAAAGGAUUUAAAGCAAUGGUGUUAGUCACAACCUACUGGCCAAUAAUCCAUCUCACACUUGUGUGUUUUGGAAUUGCAUCCGUAUAUAACUAUCUAAGGGCACUGAUGGAGACACCUAUGUUUUACCUAUUUGCAAUGUGGUAUGAUUUGAACUUUGACAUCUACAUCCCAGAAGGAAUGGCUAAUUUCUCAAACAACUACAUCCCAGAAGGAAUGGCUAAUUUCACAAACAGCUACAUCCCAAAUGGAAUAGCUAAUUUUACAAACAACACGAUGUUCAGACCAGUCUCCAGUUUUUCUUCUCGGUUUGUUAAACGUUUUUCGAAUCUUGAAUUAAUACUCAUGUUGGUGUGCGUGUCAUCAAUUCUCCUGAAUGUACUCCAACGCAUUUGUAAUAAGGAGUCUUCUCCAAAACUAGAGAAUGAUGAUUGGCAGGGAAUAUGGAGAGGUUUAGGAAAGGUUUUAGAAGCAUGGGGACCCGCAGUGUCAUGGGAUUUUACUCUUGAACACCUGUGGGAUCCUGAGAAACUAAGCCAGUAUUUGAGUCAGGGACUAUGCGGCUUACAUAAAUCUAAGGAGGUACAACUUAUUUGGGGUUUGGCUUGUGCUUACCUUGCCCUAUAUAAUACCAUUCUGGAGAGAGAGAGUUUCCGAGCUGAGGUUCAAGCCAAAGGGGAAAAUCCCCAAGUCAAAUCUAAUCAAUCACAGGAGACACCAGUAACAAUACCAGUUGCUCCUGUGGAGGGCAAGAAAUGGAAACGAGUGUCUUCGCGUCUUGAACAAAAAAGAGAAGAGGAGGAGGAGGAGGAAGAUCCAGGCGAGGGGCCCUCCUCAGAACCACCACCAUCUCGAAAGGCAAAAACAAAAAACAUAGAACCAUGACACUGGGAUGGUUCAGUCUGGAGAAGAGGAGGUUCAAGGGAGAUCUUACUGCUGUCUACAACUGCCUGAAGGGGAGCAGUCAACCUCUGGUCCCAGGUGAUCCCUGGCAGAGCUGUGCUGGUGUGGGAUGUUGGGCACUGCAGACGGGAUGAGGGCUGAUAGGUGGCUCCGAUGGAGACGUGCCUCCUUGGUGGAGCCCCAGUUAUGAAGCAAGGGGAGAGGCUCAGGCCCAGGCUAAAACCUCACCCAGAAGAUGUAGAAGUCUUCAGCCUCCAACAUGAGAUCUAUGCUCUUUGCCCUGGAUUACACACAGAAACUUGGUAGCCGAGGAGCCCCAGGAGACACUUGCACUGGUAGAUGACAAAUCAAUGUCAGCAUGAAACACCAACUGACGUGGGAUGGGACCAGUGUGCUUUCAAAAGGAGAUGCAGCCUACGAGAAAAUAGCUUUCCCUCAGCAGCAUCUUCCUUGCAAAUGCUCCUUGUUCCACAUCCAGAAGUUUGCCAGAGCUGGAAUUCAUCAUAACAAUGGAAAGGAUGUUCUUGAAGAGGCGAUUUCUCCCCAGGAUGCAAAGAACUGCUGUCUGCCUGUGCCAGAUGCAGAAAAAAGCUUACAAACACAUAGAAGGAUACAAUUUCCAGCCAUGAAUUCAACUCAGUUCCAGGUCUGCUCCCAGGAGCAAUUCUUCACCAGUGCUUGUGUGGGGACAAGAAAGAAUCCAAACUGACUGCUUGAAAAGGAAGGUCCAAUGCAAAGUUGACAGUACUACCAAUACCUAUAGUAAAUUUUAGGAUGGGAAGGAAUGGCCUCAGGUUGCACCAAGAUAAAGCUGAUUUCCUCCCCUGGUGGCAGCAGCGGAUGCAGAGAACAAUAGGUACGGUGCCUGCUCAGGGAACAACUCCUGCUCCCCUGUGCCAUGCCCAGCCCUCAGCUGGGAUGGAGGGACCCACCCGAGGGAAAAGCCAGCUCCAGAGGAGUGGUUUGGAAAAGAACAUUGCAAAAAUUCAUGGAAAACAGUGACUGAAUGAAGAAUGAGGUCAUGCAACGGUUCCAGGAAAGAGUUUUCCUUUUGGACCCCGAACUUUUUCCCUUUUGGAUCCCAGCACUGCUUCUUUCCUGCCCUGAAUAAUGUCUCCUAUAAAACACCAGUCCCUGGGCCUGAUGAUAUCACUCCAGAGGCAGAAGAUGAUCCUUCUUGAGCUCUCUUCUGGUCAGAACAGACUGUGUUCCAGCUCAGCCCGUGCAUGCCAGCAGCUCAAGCCCAGCCAAAGUGCAAAGGCUCCAUGGAUGGAAGCAAAAUCUCAUUUAUCUUUCCCGAAUGCCGGUGGUUGGAAAGGAUAUUAAACCAACCAGAAUGUCCAUCACGUUUAGAGGCAGGUUGGAGCAUUUCUUGCAUGCAGGGGAUAGAUUUCUGUGAAGAAGAUAUUUUUUUUGCUAGCAGUCCCCAAACUGAAGAUGAAAAGCCUGCUGGAUUCCUGGCUCCAGCACUUACCCUGUUUGAUUUAUGGGAAAUACACCAGCAGACAGGAGCAGAGCCCUGGGAGGAGAUUUAUAUCCCAAACAUUUUCCUUUUGGGCCCCAAUCCUUUUUCCUUUUGAACCCCAAAACAGUUUUCCUUUUGGACUCCAAACCUUUUCCCUUUUGGAUACCAGAACUGCCCUGUGAGCUCCCCGUGCUGCUGCUCCUUAUCUCCUUGCAGUUUCAAUCUUUAGCUGAGGUUCCAGGACCAUCCCAUGCAGUGUGUUGGUGCAGGUUUAGGCAAUGAGGUCCUCGUGUUGGUUACACCCCAAUCAACGUUCCAUUAAGCUCUUGAAUUGCAGCAGAACCUGCACUGCAAAUCCCAGGAAAGGGCAGCAGGUUCCAUCCGCCAAACACCUCCAAAACCCCCAGCCUGGCAAAAUCCCCCCUCCCAGCCAUUCUCUGUUAAACACUUGCCUUCUGUACAUGUUGUCCUCCUUUUUCCCCAGCAUGGGCUG